UAAUUCGUUAUUGAAGGCGAACCUUUGCAAGAAAAGCAAACGAAGAAUUGGUGUUGUCGCAAGUAUAUUUUGUCCGAUAUUUUUGUUCAGCAGAAUUUUAACUGUGACGAAAAUAAUUAAGCAAUUCUUUCUAAUAAAAAAAUUGUGGUCUAGUUUGGUUUUCUGGUUAAAAAGUUCUUAUCGGCAUAUUAAAAGAAGAUAUCUUCUUAAAAAUACAUAUGCUGGAAAUAAAUUACGAGUACAUAAAUUUCAAAGUGAAAAAAUUAAGCCAAGAUAUGUUGAAGAUUAAAUGCAAGAAAUAAAUACACAUAAUUUUGACACAAAUAGUAAGAGUUUUAUUUAUUUAUUAUAAUUUAUAAAUACUUCAAAUGGUGAAACGAAAGUGGUGUCUAGUGCUAUAAAAGUGGUAUCCAUGUAAUAAGGAUAAAAUAAGUGAGCUAAAAGUUUCACUAAAUUCCGUAAAAAUAGUUUUAAUGUCGAUUUGAUUUGGCUGAUUUUGAUAGCCAAGUGCAUUAUAAAAUAAUAUUUUUCGUCAUAAAGUCGUUGUAUAGUCGUUGCAAACAUAAUGCAGAACAGUAGUAAUUCCAGCCGUCAAGGUAAAGAGAAACGCUUCUCUAUACACGAUGCCUUCGAAGAGGAGACAGACGAGGCAAUACGUGUAUAUGGUUCCACGGUGAUAUCAACACCUAUGCGUGCAAAGCAACGUUCAACUGACGAUGUAUCCAUUCGCAUUCAGGAUCCAAAAAACUACACCAAAUACGCUGAGGACACCACAUCGCGUGACAGCGACUCGCUGAUCCAGGAGUACGGCAACAUACCCACAGAGGAGAUAAACACAUACUGUUGGCGGCAUCCGAAAGUGCGCGAAAACUGGCGAACUGUAUUAGCGGCUGUCACCUUGCUGAUUGUCGGCACUGGUCUCUUUGUAUUCGGCACAUUCGCUGUCGCAGACCCGGCGAACACAUCGCAGGGUGUGGUGUUCUUUGUGGCCGGACUAAUCUGCUUCAUACCGGGCGCCUACCACGUCGUCUACAUUUGGCUGGCAGCCAAGGGAUACAGAGGGUUCGACUUCUACCACCUGCCGUUGUUUACAUAAAACAACGUCGACGCCAACACCAUCGACUACCAAGAUAUAUGGGUAGACAACAAUGACGAUGACGACGACGACGGCAUGGGUGAAGGCAUUAAUCAAGACGUUGGCCAUGGCAAUGAUAAAGACGACGGUAUAAUGGUUUAAUAUGCAUGCAGCGAGUCGCAUAUGUACCAAAUGCAUACAUAUGUACAAUAUGUUUGUCCAGCGUUCAAAGCUUGCCAUUAUCCUUAGCUUACAAAAGUUGUUUUGUCGUCCUGGAGAGUGGGGUUGUGUGUUGACUGGCGGCAUAGUCGAAAUAUUCAAACAUAGCUAAUAUUACGGUGGAAAUAGUAUCCGCCGCGCUUAAUAAGCAGCUGAUUUUCUAUUACUAACAUCACAACAUCAUCAUUACAUCUUUCAUCUAUUCGUUGAGCAAGGCAGUUUGCAGGGCGAACAUACUAAAGUAUCGAAUUGUCCAGAGCUGCUCAUCAUCCAAACACACGUCAUUUUAUUGUUGUGGCGUUUGACGAAACACACACACUUUCAUACAUUACUUUUGGUUGCGUAUCAAACUCAUCUUAGUAUUUAAACAAGACAUACUAUAAACGCUUCUGAUAUUGCAUAAUCGGUAUACUAUAGUAAAGCGUAGAAAGCAAUGAAACUAAACAAUAAAUGUCACUCUCUUAGUUGUAUUACAUACGAAAUUCUAAAUUCCCUUUGUUGCUGGAAAAUAGUUUUGUAUUUUAAUUAGAUUUCGUCGUGGCUAAGUGUUAACUGAAAUGCGAUACGAUUUGUAUGGCUGAAAUUGCAUAUGAAAAAAUAAUUAAAAAUAGUUAAAACACAAUGGGAGUUAAGGGAGCUCUAAGCGGGAAUUCGUGUACAUACUCAAACAAGUGACAAAACGAAAAUCGAAGCCAACAUUUGUAAUAAAUCCAAGCACGAAACUGAUAUUUAACUGGAAUCUUAAUAUUUCGCUUAUAAUCCUGCGAAAUGUCUAAUUAAAUAUAUAAAAUUAUUGAUAUAAUGAAGACCAAACAAUUCCCAUGUAACAUUUUCAGAAAAAAAUUAGAAAUAAAAUUUAAAAUAUGCAAAAAGUUAACAACAACGCCUGCACGCCACUAAGAAUUAAGAAAAACAAUAACAUCUAAGCGUUUAUGCCAAAAUAAAAAGUGCACACACUUCAUUAUAAUGAAAUUUAAUUAACAGGUUUAGCAAUACACCGAACGGUCGAUUUUAGGAGCACUUUUUUCAAAGAAUUCAAAUAGAGCGGAAUGAAAAUACAAUUUUUAGCAACCAUAUUACGUGCUUAGAUUCACUAAUUUUUUUUAAAUAUUAUGUUUCAUUUGAAAUUGUGGCGUCCUGCGUUCUGCAACUAACUGAAAGUUUCCUAAAGCUAUGCACGAACAUUUUUGUAUGUUUAUAAAAACUAUUUAUAUUAUUGAGUAUUUGGUUAAAAAGUAAUUCUAUAAAACAAUCGAUAAACUUAUACUUCAAUAUAACCAAAUUCUGUUU